ACCUGACUUUGACCGGGACUAAAGGAAGAAUUACUACUAAAACCUUUCAAAAGAGUGUCGAUGUGAAUGGUUAUCUACAUGCUAAAAGUGGCCAUCAUCCUACAUGGAUACAAAAUAUACCUUUAGGACAAUUUACUAGAAUCAGACGAAAUUGUUCGUUCAUGUCUGACUAUGAGAAAGAGUCCCUUGUGUUAUGCCAACGCUUUAUUGAAAAAUCUUAUCCUCCAAAUAAGGUAUUAAAUGCGUAUUUAAAAGGUCACAAUUAUAAGGUUAAUGCUCCACUUGGGAACUGUUCUAUGGGUCCUUCUAGUACGACUAAUCCCCUCCCAACUGUGUAUUCUGAAUAUGAGCCCAAUACCUAUGAGCAUCAUAUGAUCCUAGAUCUACUGGAUAAUACUCAUGUCCCCAAGAUGAAGAAAGCAAAAUAUAAUAUCAGCACAAGAGAGGUGGGUAGAGGCACAACACCCAUCUUUACAUCUACAUUUAAUAUAGCUUUUGAUGACAUUAUUGGGAUUUUCUAUAAGUAUUGGCCGAUUUUGACUAAAGAUCCCUGGCUAUCCUUUUGUAUUUCAGAAUUCCCUAGGAUCACAUUCAGGAAAGCUCCCAGCCUGAAAAAUAUUCUAGCUCCCUCUAAGUUACAACACUCCAAUGAAAGAAGAACGAGAGCGAAGAAAGAGGGUCUAAUUAACAAAGGCUGUGGCCAUACUAAAUGUCUCACCUGUGGCUAUAUUUGCCAUCUCGUUUCAAGUUUUAGCCCUUAUAAUAGCUCUGAGGUAUUUUCAGUGCAAUCUGAAAUUACCUGUAACACUUCAUUUGUAGUGUACCUCCUAAUCUGCCCGUGUGAUCGACAAUAUGUGGGCCAAACCACUAGGCCUUUGAAGUGCAGGUUCCGAGAACAUAGAACGGCUAUAAUUCAUUAUAAUAUUAAGUCGUCAGUAGCCCGACAUUUUGCUAUGUACCAUGAAAAGAAUCCCUCAGGUCUUAAGUUAAUGGGGUUAACACAUAUUCCUCCACACCAGGAUGGAGCA